GCUAAGCGGCUCCGCAGUUGCACCGGCUUCCCUCUUGUCCUAGCGAGGCGAUUUACUUGAAUUAAUCCAUUACAGGUCACCUGCCUAUCGUCGCCGUGACGCAGGGAUCGCGGGGCAAUUUGCGGACUCUUUGCGUGAAGCUGAUAUGCGGAGAAAAGUGGGGAUGUGUUCCCUGGACUUAUUUCAUUAAGAUGGUCGUGAGCUUCAAUCAUCACAGGCCUCAUUCUCCCAUUGCUGGAGCUAGUUCCUCAUGAUGAUAGUGCGGUGAAAAGGGCGUUUUUUUUUUUUUGUUUUUUUCUUCCAACGAUAAGGUCAAGAGACUGGCAUAGAAAAUGAAGAUUUGGAGCACGGAGCAUGUUUUCAGUUACCCCUGGGAGACAGUGAUCAAGGCAGCUAUGAGGAAGUACCCCAACCCCAUGAACCCCAAUGUGAUCGGGGUAGAUGUGCUGGACCGCAGUCUGGAUGCAGCCGGGCGCCUUCACAGCCACAGACUCCUCAGCACAGAGUGGGGCCUGCCGGCUAUCGUAAGAGCGAUACUGGGAACCAACCAGACACAGACCUACGUGAAGGAACACUCCAUAGUUGAUCCAGAGGAGAAAAAGAUGGAGUUAUGCUCAACAAAUAUCACUCUCACUAACCUCAUAUCUGUGGAUGAGAGGCUUCUUUACAGACCGCACCCAGAGAACCCUGAGGUGACUGUCCUCACCCAGGAAGCCAUCAUUACAGUUAAGGGAGUGAGUCUGAGCAGUUACCUGGAGGCCAUGAUGGCUAGGAGAAUGUCAGCUAAUGCCAGGAAGGGUUGGGAUGCUAUUGAGUGGAUUAUUCAGAACUCUGAAAGAGAAAACGUACCUCUCUGUGACAUUUACUAACGCUGGAGCUGAAGUAUACAGUGGUGACUACUUUCCUUGGCUGCACCUCAUAAACAACUGGGGAUCCUCAGCAUUUCCAGAUCGUCUCCCGUCUGUGGUAGUCUGGGAGGUUUUUCUGGAUCUCCAUCUGAACAGCACUGGAAGGACAGAGCAACAGUAACAUUUUUGCCAAAGCUGAAUGGUUAUUAAAGAAGAAUUUAAGGGAUGUGGGGCCAACACUGGUAGGCAUGCCUCAUUGCUAAUUCAGUACUCAUUAACCCAUUAGCUGUUUAAAUAAGUGUUAGCAGAACAGAUCAGCUUUACAAGACUGCCAGAAUUCACUGUUUGGAAUAUCAUAUUACAGUUUACUUUCACACCAUGCCAUAUCAUUUUAGAAUGCUAUAAAGGAAGGAUGCAAUAGGCCAUGGUGUGGGGCAAUGUUAAUAAUAUGCAACCACUUUCAUAAUUCUAUUUGAACUAAUAUAGUUUUUGUGUAAUGUCAUACAAUAGAGACUCCUGUUGUAGGGGUUUAAAUUGGAAAGUUGUUAUUGGUGCUUUUUAUGUGUUACAAGGGGCACGGACUGUAGUCUGCAUGAUAGAAGUAAAAAUGGAAUGUUAAAGAAAAAGUAUUUAGAUAGUAAGUCAAAGAAAUGAUAUUGUCUAUCACAAAAAAAAGAAAAAAAAAAAGAUGGGAAUGUACCUUUAACAUUGCCUUCUUUUUCUGCUCUCAAGGCAUCAAUACACUGGCAUCUUUUUGAUGUAGCAUGGGCGGCAGGUUUGCAAAUGGGUCAUUAAGGAAGAGGCGGAUCAUGCAGGUUAUAAAAACAUACACAGGUUUAACUGUUUAUAAUGGCCUUAAAAGUGAUACCUGUGUAUUAUUGCUUUGAGGGCAGUGCGAUGCCUUUGCCAGUCAUACCUGUCAUGCUUCCACAUGUUGAACUACUCCAUAGAAGCUACCUGUAUACCCUGAAGAGCAGGGCAGUACUGUAUGUGCAAUUCUGCAGUGGGAGAAGCACACCGUGAUUUACAUGCUAAAUCAGAUUUCUGACAUUAAAUUAAAUUAAAAUUUACAUAUUAGUAUAAAUAUUAUUUAUUUAACGUGUUAUAAGAAGCUUUCAUUUUAUGUGUGUGUUU